AUGUACAAGAACUGUCCUCUGAUCACGUCCGGCACGGGUUUUCUGAUCGUUGCAUUGGGCGCGAUCUGCGCCUGGUACGUCUUUCCCAAACUGGUUGAGCAUCAACUCCAUCAGAACAUAGAUUUGGUGGAUGGAACGCAGUCGUACGAUUAUUGGAAGAAACAGCCGUUUCCUCUGAAGUUCAAGAUCAUCUUCUUCAACGUGACCAAUGCCGCUGAAGUUCAGAACGGAGCCAAACCUAUCCUCAAAGAGAUUGGUCCAUACGUUUACGAUCAGUACCGAGAACGCGUGGAUAUCAGCGUCGACGAAACGCGCGAUGUCCUCAAGUACGUCCUCAAGAAGACGUUCUUGUUCAACAAACAGGACAGCGGUUGCCAUGACAUCGAUGACACCGUGACAAUACUGAACGCCGCUCUAGUUGGAACGGCGCUUCAGGUGGAAAUCCUAUUUCCAUCCGCGCUGCCCGCAAUUAGCGAAGCUAUUCCCUAUCUGUUCCCUGGAACCAAGGACAUAUUCUUGACUGCCAAAGUUAAGGAUAUCCUGUUCGAUGGCAUACGGCUGUACUGUCAGGACGACGAAGUCGAAUUCGUUUGCGGAGCGAUGAAGGGCACCCUUCCCAAAACGAUCAAGGUGGCGGAAAACGGAAAGGACUUCCUGUUUUCGAUGUUCGGACAUCUAAACGGAACGGACGAUGGUCCUUGGGAGAUGGGCAGGGGAUUGAAGAACACCACCAAAGGACAAAUAUACAGUUACGAGGGGCAGACGAAGAUGGAUAUAUGGGGAAACGAGUACUGCAAUCAGAUCAAUGGUAGCGAUUCCACAGUCUUUCCACCUUAUUUCAACCUUCUCAAACCAAUGAGAGUGUACACCUUCGCACAGGACUUUUGCAGGUCCUUGUACGCGAGCUACGAAAAGGAGGGUGAGGAGUUCGGUAUAAAGACUCUACGGUAUUCGAGCAAAAUAUCCUCGUUGGACAGGAACCCCAAUAACCGGUGUUUUUGUCCACGUGGUAAUGAUGAAGAUGGUAACGAGGUGGUGCAGUGCCCGAUCAGCGGAUUAGCCGACGUCACGCCAUGCAUGAAAGCACCGUUGCUCAUCUCCUAUCCGCACUUCUAUCUGGCGGACAGGAGUCUCUUGGACUUUGUCACCGGUUUGGACCCUAAGAAGGAGCUCCACGAGAACUACGCCAACAUCGAGCCACUUACAGGAACACCUGUAUCAGGUAGGAAACGCAUCCAGAUGAACAUGCAGAUUAAACGACUAGAGGGUUUCGAACUGCUCGAGAAUGUCAGCGCUGGGGUUUUUCCUAUUUUGUGGAUCGAAGAGGGCGCUACGCUUCCAGUCGAAUUCGCCGAUAUCCUCGUCAGCAACAUGGCUAAGAUUAGCUCGCUAGACGUGGUAAAAUGGGUGUUGAUCGUGAGCGGCAUUCUGCUCAUGUUGCUCGGCUUCCUUCUUCUGAUGAAGAAGGAAGGUCUUCUGUGUUUCGGUAACAGCGCAACGGUCGACAUCACCGAGAUGCCGAAGGAGUUGCGAGAUCUGGGGCACGGUUACGAAACCAACCCGGGUCUUUACCCGCAACUGGACAAUAGGAACUUGAACAAUCCGUUUACCAGGAAGAGACACAACGACACCUGGACCAACAACAUCAUAAUGUGAGAUGCUGAAGGCGAAGAGGACGAGGAGGAGGAGAAGAUUAGAAA